CCUCCUAAAAAGGUAAUGAUUAGACAGCUCAGAAGAACUUGAAAAUUGGGAGGAGAAACUGAAGAAUUGGCGGUGGCGAGGAAGAAGAAAAUUGGGAGGAGAUAGUGAAGAAGGCAAGAAAUCUUCCGAGAAUUGAAUAAAGCUUAUAAAAAAAACAACCCACACAGAAGCCAAAAAUUACUCCACAGCAGAAGAGAAAUUUCAACAGCAAGUUGAUUUAGGAAAUGGGUGAAGGUGAUGAAGGUGGUUAUGGUAAGAAGGGGAAGGGCCAUCGUAAGGAUAAGGUCAAUGAGGAGGAAGAGGGCAGUGAAUCAUGGCAUGUUGAAGAAGAGGACGAGGAUGAGGAAGUGAAUGGACUAUGGUGCAAGAGCGGCAAAGGGGGUAGGCUUCCUGAUGAAGUAUACAGGGUUAAUAAAUUAAGUGUUGGUGGAAGGUUAAAGGAGAGUGGGGAAGUGAUUGCUAGCCGGGUGCUACUUAACAAUAAAAGGGAAGUGAAUUUCAAUUGCCGAGUCGAGACAUUUGGUCAAAUCGUAAAGCAAUUUGAUGAGAGGAAAAAGCGUUUGGUGGCUGAAAUGGGGUUUGCUGGAUUAUUGCACUUUGUGGAUAAGGGUUUGCCGAGGAAUUUAUGUUAUUGGUUGUGCACAAUGGUAGAUGUGAAGAGGAGGGUAUUGGUGGUGAAUGGGUUGGAAUUCCCUCUAUCGAAGAUACAAGUCCACUGGGUACUUGGUAUCCCUAUUGGUCCGAGGCAUGUACCAAAAGUUUGUGAGGACGAUGCGAUGGAGAAUGAAGUUGCUAGACUGUGUGAAUCAUUUGUUACGCGAUGCCCGUCUGGACCUAGGGGUGUUUCGCGGAAGACAAUUUUGGAAGUUAUUGAGGGGCCUUUGGAAGAUGACUCAGAAUUCAAGAAGGCAUUUAUGAUGAUGGCGGUGAAUGAUGUGAUGGCCCCGACAAGUUGUCAUCGAAUGUCUGUGAAGAUGCUCCCAGUUGUAAGUGUUGCAGAGAGGGCAAAAGAAUACGAUUGGUGUAGUUUUGUGUUGGACCAUCUUAUAAAAUCUGUUGGUAAUUUUGCGAAAAGGUUUUACACUGAAGGAUAUGCGAAAUGCUGUGGUGGUUGCACUAUAUUUCUGGCGGUGUUAUACCUUGAUCGAUUGAGGAGGAACCCUGUAUCGUGGGGAGUUUUUCCACGAAUGAAAGCAUGGACGAAGGAGGAUAUAAACCUUGCAAAGAAAGAAGAUAGGAAAGCAGCAGGUGAUUAUGGUGGCCUCGGUUGUGUGGAUGUUGCGUACGGGGAACGUCAUCCUCUUGAAGCGAGGGACAAGAUGCCUGAAUCUGAAUACAAUGAAUUGGAUCCCCAGAUAGUAACAACAUGUAAGAGAAAAGGGGCCUUGAAAGGAAGACGUAAGUUAAUUCCUAAAUUAAAUCCUUAUGAGUAUAAGUUGCGAAGGAAAAUGCAAAAUGAUGGAAAUGCAGGCAGUAGUAAUGGAAGGCAAAAGUAUGGAAAUGCAGAAGGUAUAGGUACAGGUACAUCUGCACCACCAAGAUCACCACCUAUGUUCAGUAGGCAACAGUCAGAGGGGAGGGACCAAGAUCACCUAUAUCAUUGAGGAGUCGCCGACAGUCAGAUGGACGAAGAUCACCUAUAUCAUUGAGGAGUCGCCAACAGUCUGAGGUUCCAGUGAAGCACAAUUGGAAGCACAAGUAGAGAUGGUGGUGGGUAAGUAUGGAACUGCACUAAUGGAGGCACCAGUUAUAGGUAUAACAGUAGUAGAGGGUUCGAAGUACAGUUGGAGGAAAGUGAAGGAGGUUGAAGAAUUAAGUGAAGGUGGAGAGAAUGAAACAGCAGGUAAUGAAAAUGUUAAUUCAAAUGGAGAAUCGCAAGUAGGAGAACGAAGCCGUAAACAUAGGAAGACAAAGACAUCGGUUGUUUUGAGUGAGGAGUACGAACAGACGUGGCGUCCUAAGGCAACCAACAAGGAUAAAUUAUUUGAGCUGAUGUCAAAAUGCAAGGGAGAUCCAAUUAUAAUUGAUGUUGAUGGGAACUUUGCGACAUUGAGUUGUUGUAGAUCAUUGUCUCAGGCCCGUGGUCGAUUAGAUGAUAAUUAUGUUCGAGUUGCAGCAUGUCUUUAUGUGAAAGUGUGGGGGCGGCGAUUUGGAACUAGAAGCAGGAGGUUGAUGCUGGAUCCAACAUUUGCGAUAAGAGUGCUGCAAGUAGAAGGAGAUAACUGGGAUAGUGUUGAUAGGAUAAUCCAGUCCUCCAUCAAGAACACACCAGUUGCGUCAUGUCUUAGGAUAAGUGUGGUAUGUG